AUGUCAAUUGAGCCCGUUUCAAUAACUCCUCAACGUAUGAAAGCGGAUUCGAUAAAAUCUGAUGGCGAAAUUCAUCAUCAUCAUCAUCAACAACAUAAAACCGUUCAUUAUGGCAAACCCUAUUUCGCUGUACUCUUAGCAGCAUUUUCAUCUUUGGGCGGAUGCUUUUUUGGCUAUGAUCAAGGUGUUACAGGUGGUAUUGUCGUCAUGAGUUCAUUUAAAAAUGAUUUUUGCAUUGGUGUGUUUGCUAAUGAAAGCGUUUGCAAUCUUCCGAUAGGUGCUUUGCCUCCAGAUUAUAGACGAUUUUUAGUACUUUUCACUCUUAUAUACAAUGUUGGAUGCUUCUUAGGUGCUGCUUUCAUUUCUUCGUAUGUAGCAGAAAAAUACGGACGUCGAGCUGUUAUUUUCACAUCAGCAGCUCUUUUUUUUAUUGGUACAUCAAUGGUUAUUUUUCCGCCAGGAGGUUCAACAAAGAUUAUGAUUCUGAUACUUGUUGGACGAAUCGUUGAAGGUACUGGUGUUGGUUGUUCUUCGUUUUCUUGCCCAUUGUACGCUUCAGAAAUAGCUCCAACGAAUUUACGUGGAAUGCUUUCUGGUUUUAUGCAAAUGGCUGUUGUCAUUGGUUUGUUUGCUGCCAAUAUAGUGAAUAUUUUAUUACAAAAUCAUAAAUGGGGUUGGCGAUUAUCAAAUGGAGUUAUUUUAGCCGCUCCAGUUCUAAUUAUGAUUGGUAUAUUUAUUUGUCCUGAAACUCCUCGAUGGUUGUAUAAGAAAAAGGGCCGUGAAGCAGCCGAAAAAAGUUUAAAAGCUAUUCGCAAAACAGAUGAUGUGACAGCUGAACUCGACGCUAUAUCUGAUGCCAUAGAAGAAGAAGGUAGUCAAAUUUCAAUGAAAGAGCUUUUUAAAACAAAAAAAUUGGUUAAGAGACUUGGGAUUGGUAUGGCUAUGCAUAUCUUACAACAGGCAACUGGCAUUAAUCCUAUAUUUACAUUUGGUGGUAUUAUUUAUGAAAACGUUCUUGGAAAGGGCAUCAUAUCAUUAUUGAUUUUGUCUGGUACAAAUUGCUUUAGCACUAUACCAGCUCUGUUCUUGUUCGAUCGAUUAGGCCGCCGUAAACUUCUCAUAUUUGGUGGCCUAGCCAUGGUGCUAGGUCAUCUUGUAGCAGCAACAGUUUUUGUGACAGGAUGUAGCGUCGAAAAAUCUAUCAUUAAUGGAACUACUGAAAUUCAAGAAAUUGUUAAUUGUCUACAAAUUUCUGGUAUAGUGAUGCUUCUCUCUACAGCUGUCUUUGUUACAUUUUUUGCAGUUUCUUGGGGGCCGGUCGCCUUUAUCUAUACAGCUGAAAUUUUUCCUCUUAAUGUUAGAGCUAGAGCUAUCUCAUUGACGGUAGCAAGUAACUGGUUUAUGGGUACUAUCAUGUCCUACAUAUUGGAGUUAAUAACACCGUUAGGAAUUCACGGAGUUUUUUAUCUUUUCAGUGCACUAUGUUUUUUGGCUGUAGUUUUCGUUUACUUUUUCUGUCCUGAAACGAGAGGAGUUUUAUUGGAAGAUAUUGAAGAACAAUUUGAUAAUUUUCAAUUAAAAGAUAGAACAGUGAUAAAAGCUUUACGAGAACCUUGGCAAAAGAAUCCAAAACAAACAAUACAAGUGAAUAGUAUAGAGAUGCAGUCAUAA